AUGCCGACCACGCAAACGAUCCGUGUCCCCCAUCUGGGCGGCAUCUCAGCCGGCUACGCCCUGUCCGGCGACAAGUACGACGCCUCCAAGCCGACCUGCGUGCUGAUCAACUCCAUGUGCAUGACGACCGCGCUGUACAAUGACCAGUUCGAGGAUGCGAGCUUGACCUCGGCCGUCAAUCUGCUCGCAAUCGAGCCACUGGGCCACGGGUCCACCAGCUGUGCGACUGAGCACUUCACCUACUGGGACAGUGCCAUCAUGGCCCUGCAGGUGCUCGACGCACUCGGGAUCCAAAAUGCGUUCGCCCUGGGCACGAGCCAGGGAGGAUGGAUCGUGACGAGGAUGGCCCUGUUGGCGCCAGAGCGUGUGCUUGGCCUCAUCCUUUUGGGCACCUCCAUGGACUAUGAGUCUGUGGACUCCAGGAGCAAAGGAUGCUGGGAUCCUCUCCCGCUGCUAAAGCCCUUCUUCGAUGGCUGGACCAGUGACGCCCCGACCCCUGAUUUCGUGGUCGAGGAGACCUGGUGCAAGAUGGUCGGCGCCGUAGGAUUCGGCACAUUUGCUACCGAGGAGCGAGUGAACUUCUGGACGAAGACACUGCAAGAGGUGUACCGGGGCGAUGAAGGCCGCAAGAAAGUGCGCAUGGCGCUGACGUGUCUCCUCGAGCGAGAUGGGUUACUAUUGAGGCUGGUUGAUAUCAAAUGUCCAGUCUACUGGCUGCAGGGCACGGAUGAUACACCGUUUGCCACAACAGUGCCGGCAGAGCAGAUUAAGCUCUUCACCCGGUCUAAAGAAGCCAAGCUGGAAAUUAUCGAGGGCGGCGCGCACUACCUGAAUGCUACUCACCCAAAGCAAGUUGACGAGGCUAUCUUGGAGCUGGUCAAGAAGUACGCCGUCUAA